AUGAUUUUGUUUGCACCAAACAACUUUUCUGAGGGCUUCUCCGACACCGUUCUCUACCAUGUUUUGGCGAAGGAAAAGGAGCUGAGAAGGAAACUUCCCUGGUACUACGCACCCACUUUCCUUCUCCUCUGGGUGGCUCUAUUCUACGCUAUCGUACUUCCGCUUUUUUACCGGCUACCAGAUCGUAUAACCAUUGCCGACGAACCACUUAAGCCCGGAGAAUUUGUGGCCGAGAGAGCGCAGAAAGUGCUCUACGAGUUCGAUCGUAUCGGACCCAAAGUGGUUGGAAGUGUUGCGAAUGAGGUGACGACUGUUGCAUUUCUCUUAAAUGAGGUUGAAAAGAUUCGUCAAGAAAUGCGAACAGAUCUCUAUGACUUAGAGUUGGAUGUCCAGCAGCCGACAGGAUCAUAUGUGGUUGGAACUAUGACCAGCAUAUACCAAGGUAUCCAAAAUGUUGUUGUAAAGCUGAGCACUUCCAGUUCAAAUAGCUCAUCUUAUCUGCUGAUCAACAGUCAUUUUGACACGAAGCCGGGAAGUCCUGGGGCUGGAGAUGACGGCACAAUGGUUGUAGUUAUGUUGGAAGUUCUACGUUUAAUGUCCAUCUCAGAAACCAAAUUUACGCAUCCAGUAGUCUUCUUAUUUAAUGGAGCUGAGGAGAAUCCUCUACAAGCUUCCCACGGCUUUAUUACCCAGCACAAAUGGGCGGCUAACUGCAAGGCAGUCAUAAAUUUGGAAGUUGGCGGAAGCGGUGGACGAGACAUUCUCUUUCAGAGUGGACCAAAUAAUCCUUGGUUGGUAAAAUACUAUAAAAAAUAUUCGAAGCACCCGUUUGCCUCAACAUUGGCGGAAGAGAUAUUUCAAUUUGGAAUACUACCAUCCGAUACAGAUUUUCGAAUCUUUCGAGACUAUGGAAAUAUUCCAGGUCUUGACAUCGCACAGUUCAGCAACGGAUACGUAUACCAUACAAAAUUUGAUACUUUUGAUGUUGUUCCAGGAAGAUCCGUUCAGAGCACAGGAGAAAAUAUUUUGUCUCUGGUUCGGGCUUUUGCCAAUGCCAGUGAACUGUAUAACACAACCGAGCACAGUGAAGGCCAUGCAGUCUUUUUUGACUUCCUGGGGCUUUUCUUUGUGACCUACACGGAGAAGACUGGCAUUAUAUUGAACUGCUGCUUUGCAGUGCUGAGUAUUAUUCUCAUUGGAAUUUCCCUGUGGAAAAUGGCCAAGGCAUCUGAGGUUUCUUUGGGGCGAAUAUCUGUUGUGUUCGUCAUCUUUUUUGGACUACAUCUUCUUGGAUGCCUUUUGUGUAUUACUUUGCCCCUAAUAAUGGCUCUUUUAUACGAUGUCGGCGAUCGAACUUUGACCUACUACAGUAACAACUGGUUGGUAAUUGGACUUUACAUCUGUCCUGCGAUCAUUGGCCUGGUGCUACCUUCAACACUGUAUCACUCAUUCAAGCCAAACAAAAGUCUAAGCCACUCGUACCAGAUCCACAUAGGUUUGCAUGCACAUUGCGUCGUCCUGGCAUUCUUGGCCAUUAUUUUAACUGUAAUGGGUCUGCGAAUUCCCUAUAUGUGCAUGAUAUCAUUGUUUCUCUAUGUCGCCUCUCUGCUGAUUAACCUGUUGAGCACUUUACACGAUCGAGGUUACAACUGGGUAAUAACGGUGCAGUUAAUUCAGAUCUUUCAAUUUGUGUACUUCGGCUAUUUAUUCUACAUAUUCCUUGUGAUAUUCUUUCCCGCAAUGGGUCGAAAUCGUGAUUCCGCAAAUCCCGAUAUGCUAAUUGCUCUAAUUUGUGCUGUGGGAACUUUCUUCGCGCUGGGUUUUGUGGCUCCCCUGAUAAACAUAUUCCGCUGGUCCACCAUUUUAUUGAUUGGUCUGGGGAUUGUAACCUUUACAUUUAGCAUGAUUUCCGUUUCGGAUGUGGGAUUCCCUUAUCGUCCCAAGACCAGUGUGAUGAGAGUAAACUUUCUCGAAACCCGUCGAGUGUUCUACGAAUACGAUGGUUCAGUAAGUGUCGAUGAUUCGGGUUACUAUUUUGACUAUCAGGAUAGACGAGCCCUUCGUCCACUCAAAGAUUACGACGUAAACUUAACUGGAUUGACUUCUGUAGACGCUUUCUGCGAUAAGUACGUCAUGUGUGGAGUUCCGUGUUUUUGGAGUAGUUGGUGCAGGGGACUUUCAAGUGCUGCUUGGCUGCCCCGCGAAAAGGAAGUUGAAAUACCCGGGAAACUGGAAUUAAACCUGUUGAAUAAAACAAUUUCGGAGACAGAAAAAUUCAUAAGAUUCGAAUUCGAAUUAAGUGGUCCACCUCAUAUGGGUCUGUAUAUACAACCUCUGGAAGGAGUAUCAGUCAAGGAUUGGUCCUUUAUAAGGACAAUGUUGGAUCGACCAGAAAAGUACUCGGCGCCUUAUCAAAUUUACUUUUCCUAUGGCGUAGACAAUUCCACGUAUAAAUUUCACAUUGAUUUUGAAAAAUCCAAUGGAGAUUUUGAUGGACCAAUCUUUGAGCUCGGAGUCGUGGGACAUUAUGUGAGCCAGGAUUUUGAAAGGGAUGCAACCACCCUUCAGUUUAUCGAGGACUUACCAAGUUUUGUUUACACCAUGGAAUGGCCAUCUCUGUUUCUGCGAUAUAUCUUUUAAGAUCCCGUAUCCCUUGGGACAGCCAAGUUUUGCAUCUAUUAUAAUCCGGUAGACAUUCCAAGUGCUGCGAUAGUGCAAUCGAUAAGGAAAAGAAAAAUAAAUUAAUCUCUGUACCCA